CUUCCUCCUUCCCUUGGAAGGUGACUAGGUAAGCUCGCUCAGAUCCCACAGGUGGCCAUGAGGAGCCGGGAACUAUGGCAGCAUAAAACGAUGAUUUUCAAAGGGACGAUAGAAUUUUACCGAGUUUACAGUUCGAAACCAAAAGUGGAUUUGAAGAAGCUAAGGCCAAUGAUUCUGAAGAGGAUUGAGAAUCGGGCUAAAGAUUAUCCAGUAAAAUCCAUGGUUCCUGUUGCUGAGGAAGUCCAUAAGGCUCGAACCAUCCUUUACCAUGGCGUUUCCGCCUUAAUUCAACGUUUCCCUACUUGGGCAUGCAAAUAUUGUCCAGAAGUAUAUAUUGGUGAGAAUGGUCAUCUAAUUCGAACUUGUCAUGGUUACCGGCGGCGUGCUAAGAACCAGGCUCAUGAGUGGAUUAGAGGAAGCUUGAAUGAUAUUCUAGUCCCAGUAGAGGCAUUUCAUUUGCGAACUAUGUUUCAGAAUGUUAUCAAUCACCAAGAACGGUUUGAUUAUGAUCGCAUUCCAGCAGUUGUGGAGCUGUGCUUGCAGGCAGGGGCUGUUCCAAGUGAAGAAAUUGUAUGUGGAAGUAGUUUGCCCUCAAGUGAUCCUUUUCAAGCUGACUCUCUGUCUGAUGACGAUUUGUUGUUGUUGGGAAGAGAAACUCUAAAGGCAUGGGAAGCACUUAGAUCUGGAGUUCAGAGACUAUUGUUGGUUUAUCCAGCGAAGGUCUGUGAACAUUGCUCAGAAGUUCAUAUAGGACCUUCUGGACAUAAGGCUCGUCUUUGUGGCGUAUUUAAGUUUGAAAGCUGGCGAGGCUGUCAUUUUUGGAAGAAGGCGGAAGUGGACCAUUUGGUUCCUCCAAAAAUUGUAUGGUACCGCCGACCCCAGGACCCUCCACUGCUCCUGGAUGAUGGCCGGAACUAUUAUGGGCAUGCUCCCGCUGUUGUGGAUCUGUGUACUAAGGCUGGAGUAGUUGCUCCUUCCAAGUACUAUUGCAUGAUGAAAGUGGAAGGACUAUCGGCACCAUCUCUGUAACAGGAUAAUGCGAUUUUUCCUGCACUUAUUGGUGAAGUUUACCUGAUCACCAGAGGGGUGAUUUCUCUGAAGUUGGGACUUGCUUUUGUUCAUUUGGGCAACCCUAAAUCUUCAGUGGAUAGACUGAAGAUUGUGGUUGUGCUGAAUCAACAUUGUCUUAGUGCCAGAAUAUUUCAUGAAGACAGGAAUAUCUUGUAAAUAUUCACUGGAGGUUUAUUCUUAUUAUACCUAAGCCAUUCUCAGCGAUGGAGUAUUACAGUUUUUUGUUGACUAACCAGUUAAAUCCGCCACUGGGUACUUCAGAUUCAAAUAAGGAGAACCAAAAAGAAGUGCAAUGACGUACAAGAAAAAGAAAAUGCGACCGAAAGUGUGAUGUUUUCAGGACUUCAGGACUUAACUCUUCAUGGUCAGGAACGCUUUUGCUCAGACCAUAGUUCCCAUCGCAUAGAUUCUGCAUCGUCAGCAUUUCUAGUUAAUUAUAUAAUCUUUUCAAGACUAGAAGCAGUUUUUACCAUCUCAGAACAAUUGUUCUUUCAAGAUCGCUGUUCUAUCUGCUUUAGUCUAUGGUGUUCUUUGGGAUCACUUUUCUGUCUUCUAAUGGAAUGAAGUUGUAACCUAACUAGGAGUGGUACUAAAGCGUGCAAGACUUACUGGUGCAUAUGCAACAUGAUAUCGGACAGCAGGUGAUUUGCAGUGAAAUGGAACUUGAUGUCCAUCUCAAUUUAGAAAAAACUUCUUUAGAAGUAGAAUAUGUCAUCUAAGAAUUGUACUACGGGCUGCGGGGUUUCCAUACUUAAUAUUUCUGUAGAGUUAUUGUUCAUUUUCUGUUAUAUAAUGUCAACCCAUUUUUGUGUCCAUACAUAUAGUAAACUUCUGUGGCUGUUUUGAUUG